CCGGUCGGAAAUUUGAAUUUCUCGUUUGAACUCGAACGCCGGUUAGGGCGCAUGCGUGAGGUCACGACGCCUGCGCACUGAGCGUGACCCAGGCGAGCUGAGUCCAACCAUUUUGUUACAUUUUCAGAAAUUUCUGGUUGGACAUGGCUUCCACAGAAGAAGCCGAGGCAGAGGCUGGAGCAAAAGCACCAAAGAAAAAUGUAUCAUACCCUCUAAGGAUCUUAUACUGUGGAGAAUGCACACUACCAGUAGAGUACUGCGAGUACAUGCCAAACAAUGAUAAGUGUAAAGCCUGGUUAGAGAAGAACCUGCCCUCGGAGUUUGGCAAGAUAUAUCUCGGAGAGAAAUCCCCAGAAGGAGGAGACACAGGAGAAACAGACAAGAAGGGAAGACAAAAGAGAGGUGGCAGAGGCAACAUCAAAAUCAAGAAGAAGUCAGAACCCCAGGGGGUGACGAUCGCACGUGUACAGAGAAACAAGAAGAAAUAUGUGACGAGGAUACGCGGGUUAGCUACAUAUGAUAUUGACCUAGAGCAAGCCAGAAAAUUUUUUGCCAAUAGGUUUGCAUGUGGAGCGUCAAGAACAGACGAAGAUGAGAUCGUGAUUCAGGGGGACGUGACAGACGACAUCUUUGACGUGGUCCCAGAGAAAUGGCCGGAGAUUGAUGAAGACAACAUUGAUGAUCUAGGAGACCAGAAGCGAUAAACGCAUGUAGCUGCUUGCUGUAACAACUCACUCAAAAGAAGCAACUUCUGCAUUAAAACAGCCCUGAUGAUAUAUUCUGUUGUAGGUUGGUAAAAUGUCCCUGGAACUCUCCAUGUGUCAUCUUUGUGUCAAAGGUCAAAGACCCUGAUACGUAUUGUAUUGUACUGUUGGUCAGCUAGUAGUAUAUUUGUUGCUUGGAGGUUGAAAUGAAACACAUUUGAAAUUGGACGUGGUCCAAUACUAGUAUUUCAGCUGGUCCUUCUAAGUUUCUUAUGUGGGCAGCAAUCCUUAGUAGAUGUUGACGUUGACCAGGAAAACAGCUCUGACUGGAAAUGUCAGAUGAAAAGACAGUCUUAUAUAUGUUUGGUAAGUAAAAUUCAAAGCUCAGCUCUUAUGUUCUACCCAAGGAAGUUAUAACCUGUUUGGUUCUACACAUGCAGUGUUGUCAAUGCAGGUGACCUGUAAUGCUAGCAAGCACAAAAUGAUGGACAAACUUCACAUCAGAUUUAAUGAUUAUAGGACCCGAAACAUGAACUACAAUAAACUGUCGAUCCACAGA